AUCUGAUCUCUUUGUCUCUUUCUCUUUAUCUCCUAGUGUAUUUCAAAUGUGCCACCAGCGCUUCCAGAAUUUUAUCUUCGCUGCUGAUAAUGUGAAAGACAUGAGCAAAUGGAUUAAUUGCUUAAUUGCUGCCAUUCAGAAACAUAAGAAAAAUGUUCAAAGUCAGCCAGACAAUGAAGAAGAAUGUUACAGUGAAACUGAAUCUGAGGAGGAAUCGUCCCGUUCACCACUUUCUCAUCGGAAGAAAGUCAAUACGAAAACUCAAUCAAACACACUUCCUCGAACAAAGGGGAAGCAGAACAGAGUGUCUGAGCCAGUUACCAUUUCACAAGCAGGGGGCAGUAAAAUUGCAGGAAAUGUAGAUGAGAUGGAUGAAAUGUUCCAUAGCCUGAAGAAAGGAGGAGUGUCUCUGAUUGGUCAGAAUCAGCCAACAACUCAUGACCAGCUACGUAAAUCCUUCAUCAAACGCAACAAAAACCCUGUUAUCAAUGAGAAGAUACACACACUCCGUGCCCUCCAGAGCACACUUAAGGCGAAGGAAGCAGAACUUCACCUGAUUAACAAGAUCCUGGACGACUCGAGUUCUCACCAACAGAAGUACCAUCAGUGGAAGGAGUUCAAUGAAGACCUGCUGCAGGACAUUGAGAGACAGUACAAACAGACGGUCUCGCCAAGCAUAGACACCGUGUCCAAAGACCAACAGUGA